ACGCGCGUAUAUUGGAAUCGUCGAGCCUCUCUCUCUCUAUCUCAAAAUUCAAAAUCAAAAUUCAAAAUCACUUUUGAGUUCUCGUGAAGCUACAAAACCGAUCUCUUCUCAUCACGACGAUACGUAUCCAAAUUUGCUAAAUCAAGAGACGAAGAAGAUUCAAAUUUGCUACAAUGGGAGGUGAAGGAGAAGAUCUAGAGCCGCUUUUUGAUUAUCGUCGUGUUCAGCCAGCCAAUUUUGUUUGUAUUGAUGACGAUGAUGAUGAUGCCUCGGUGACUCCUAUUCCAAAGAGAGCUAAAAAAACUUCACAAACUGUUGAAAAGUUAGAUGAUGUUGUGAAAGUGAUUGAAGUAACGGGUGAUGAAGAUUGGUUGAUUCCUCCGCCAAAGGUUAUCUUCGACAAAAAUAAGGAAUCUGUUGAAGAUUCAACCAUUAAAGCAUUGAGGACGAAGAAGAUGGAGCUCAUGUCAUUCACAAAAACUGUAGCGGAUGUGAUGCAGGAAGUUGAGGAGUCUGCUAAAAGGGAGAUUGAAGUAUCACUCAAUCCACCUUCAGAGGCUGCUUAUGAGGCACCACCAGGGCCUACGAAUGACAGGGCCAAGAUUGUCAUUACAAUUCAGGACAAAGAUGGGAAGAAGCCAUACCGAGUGUUUGCGGAUGAGAAGUUUGAGCAGGUUUUCAAAAUGUAUGCAGACAAAGCUAAGCUUAACCUGCAAAAUCUUGUAUUUAUCUUUGACGGUGAUAAGAUUAAUCCAUCGACCACUCCUGUUGAACUUGAUAUGGAGGAUCAUGAUAUGAUCGAAGUACACAUCAAAAAAAGUUGACAAAUAGUCAGGCAUAAAAUCAAACUGAAACCACACCUGCAUGUUGCUUCUGUCUGCCAAAUCUAGAAUGUCAAUCCGUUCAACUUUAUGGAAACCACCAGAGUUUUGUUUUGUACAUCAACAUGGGCAUGGAAGGGGAUCUCUGCUAACAACACUGGUGUUUGUAUCUGUGACCUUUCUCAUUUUAUCGGAAUCAUUUCUUUCUUUCUUUCAUCGUUUGGAUAGUAGAUUCAGCUUUUUAUUUAGGAUGUACAAUAUAUAAGAUAAACCGGAACCAUUUUGAUCUUAACUAAACCAAGGAAAUCCAUUCUGAAAUUGCCUGACAA